AUGGCGCGGCCCUCUCGUCGUAGAGGUCAGCAGGCGAACCAGCCUCAGCCUGCCCAGCAGAAUCAAGCUCCUCAGCAAGCCCAACCCGCUCAGCAGAAUAUGGCACCGGCUAAUGUCCGCCGCCACAUCUCUGGACCGCAGUCGGCUUUGACUGAUUAUCUGGCCUCUCACAACAUCUCUGCCAACCAGAUCCGCCGAGAUGCUGAUCGUCGUCGCGCUGCUGCUGCUGAAAGCCAGCAGCAGAACCAGCCAGACGAGGAAUCUGAUGAAGAAGCCAGCCAACCUGCUGCAAGCACUCGCAAGGAGACAGAGGCCGAGAAGAAAAAGCGCCUUCUGAAGGAGAAGCAGGCCAUUGCCAAGAUCAAGGCUUCCAAGAAGUUCAAGAAGCGGAAGCGCGACGCAGGCGAUUCCGAGGACGACGAUGACAUCGCUCGCGCCUUGAUGGAGCAAAUGUCUCAGCCCCUACCUGGCCAGAUGGACAACUGCGAAAUUUGCAAGAAGCGUUUUACAGUAACGCCCUACUCCAAGACCGGCCCUGACGGUGGCUUGCUCUGCGCCAAAUGUAGCAAAGAGGCUGCUGCCAAUGACAAACAACCAAACAAGAAGCCUCGGAAGGCUGCUGCAGGAGGCGGAGGUCGCCGAAAGGUCCAGAGCAACAUCCUCGACGGAACUUACCACACUGGCGCGAAGAGAUUGACAACACUCUGCAUAGAGACCUUGGCCAAGAAUGUCGACCUCGCAGACAGCCUCGGAGAGCUCCCUGACCAUAUCGUCGAUAGAAUCGCUCGAUUGUUCUCCAAGCGUCGGCUCUUGAACCCGCAAACCCUGGCACUCUUCCUCCAACCCUCUUCCUCGUUCAUCAAUAUCUAUGAUGGCGCAAAGCUGGGCAUGGAUGAUUACAUCGGAAUCUUCCAGGUUGCGGCGAACCUGAAGGGAUUCAAGGCGCGUAAUUCGAUUCAGUUCAAGGAUGAAGUCAUGGAGUAUCUUCUCGAGCGCGAUACGCAGCUCACAUCUUUCUAUCUCCAUGGAGCCAACCUGCUUAGCGAUGACAUGUGGACCAGGUUUGUUCAGGAGAAGGGUGCUUCCUUAGAAGAACUUCGUGUCUACUAUACGGACAGACACUUCGGAGACGAAAUCCUGGCUUUACUCCCGAAGAACUGUCCCAACCUGACCAGACUGAAAGCCUACCACAACCAGAAGAUUACCAACGCCGGCAUUAAGGAAAUUGGUGAGGUCAAGAGCCUCCGGCAUCUGGGCCUCCACCUGCAGAACCGCAUUGAUGCCAAGGUCAUGGCGUCCACGAUACUAAGCAUUGGAGGAAAUCUGCAGACGCUUUCCCUGCCAUUGUUCCUCGACGCUACGGACGAGGUCUUGGCUGCUAUCAAGAAGUCUUGUCGUUCUCUCAGAAAGCUCCGGAUCAACGACAGCGAUAAGCUUACCGAUGCUGGCUUCGUUGAUCUUUUCACCAACUGGGCCAAUCCGCCGCUCGAAAAGAUUGAUUUUCAGAAGUGCUGCCAUGUUGAUUCCACCGACCCGCGGGAGAACCCAGAGAAGGUCGGUCUUUGCUCUGACGGACUUCGUGCUUUGAUGAAGCACUCGGGUCGCAAGCUCAAGGAUCUCAACAUUCACGCCUGCCGUCACAUCACGCGCGAAGCUCUGGAGGACGUCUUUGGGAAGGACAACCAAUACACAGAACUGCUCAAGCUCGAGAUCAGCUUCGUUGAGGAGGUUGACGAUUACAUCGUCGGCUGCAUCUUCCGCAGCUGCCCCAACAUCAAGGAGGUGAACGUAUUCGGUUGCAUGAAGGUCAAGGACGCCCCGGUACCCAGAGGCAAGGUGCUCGUUGGCGUCCCCAACGCUGUGGGUAUGGUUACCGAAGGCAAUGCGGACUAG